CAUUUCCUGUGAUUAAAAAAUGGUGGUCAAAGCUCGGAGAGGCUGAGCUGCUCAAAUUAACGGAGAACUUUGCGGAUCGGCGGCCGGAGGCGCAGCCAGCGGCCGGGGGACACGGCGCCUCGGCGGGCCGGCGACUGGAGCUUCACCCGGGGGGAGAGACGGACCGCGUCCCCCCGCUGCGAGUCUGCACAAGAGGUUCUGAAGUACCAACAUGGUCCAAACAUGAGCGAGCUGUUGGACCUCUGGUUCUGCGAGGAGUGCCAGGACUAUUUCCAGAAGGAGUGUCCAACCCACGGGCCACCGCUCUUUGUCCCUGACACGCCUGCGGCCCCGGGGUCAGCCAACAGGGCGGCGCUCACCGUCCCGUCAGGCCUGGAGGUCUUCACCGAGGGAGACGAGGUGGAUGUUCGCUGCGUGGAUCCAAACAUCCCCAAGGGGGCGGUGUUUGGUCCGUAUGAGGGAGAUCUGGUCUCCAAGGACGAGUCCUCUGGCUUCUUCUCCUGGAUAAUUGUUGAUUUCAACAACGCAUAUCGAUCGAUCGAUGGCAGCGAUGAGACCAAAGCCAACUGGAUGAGGUUUGUCCGGACCUCGUCAGAGGAGAGCGACAGGAACUUGACGGCGUUUCAGCAUCAUAAAAACAUUUACUUCAGAGUGUGUCGGACUCUGGUGGCGGGAGAGAAACUGCGGGUCUGGUACAGCGACGACUACAUCCAACGCCUCCACUGCGUCUCUCAGGAGAGCAUCGGCCGCAACCUGGACACAGAAACUGGGAAGCCGGCGGUCCCGCCCAACAUUCAGAAGGACUUUAAAUCUCCGUGCCUGCAGUCAGCUCUGCAGGGCAAACCGAGCCCCAGUAAACAACCCAGCGAAGAGCCAGACGGCCAGCCUCCUGCCAAGAGGAAGAAGAUCGACCUUAUCUUUAAAGACGUCCUGGAGGCUUCUCUAGAGGACUCCAGCAAGUCCAGGUCCCAGUCUUCCCUCCACGGCGACUGUAAAACGGCAGUGCUCAGGUCUGGGUGUGAUUCUUCUGAAAGCAGCUUCAACGUUCAGAACCUGAAGGUGGAAGAAAAAGACGAGGAGAACCAGAGCAGUGAGGUGCCCUCCACCUCCUUCUGCCCCAACUGUGUCAAACUGAAGAGGAGGAUCCUGGAGCUGGAGGAGGAGCUGUCCAGACUCAGAGGAGAACAGGGGGACGUGGUCGGUUCAUCGAUGUCUGAAAAGACCCUGACCCAGCACAAUCAGCCGCCCCACCCGGAGCAAGGCCCCAUCGAAGAUUUUCAAGGAAUGGAGCCUUUGACUCCCACUCAGGUGGUUCUGGAUGAAGACGACCAGGACGUGGACUCAGCUGAUGAGUCGAUUGCUGCAGAUCUUGUGAUUUCUCCAGAAGACCCAUCGAAGCUCUCCUCUGCUGGUGGCAGACGAAUUCGCCGAUUCAAGCAGGAGUGGCUGAAAAAGUUCUGGUUUCUUCGCUACUCGCCAACCCUCAACGAGAUGUGGUGCCACGUCUGCCGCCAGUACACCGUCCAGUCAUCUCGAACCUCUGCCUUUAUCAUCGGCUCCAAGCAGUUUAAGAUCCACACCAUCAAGCUCCACAGCCAGAGCAACCUCCACAAGAAGUGUCUGCAGCUGUAUAAGCUGCGCAUGCAUCCAGAGAAGACAGAGGAGAUGUGCAAGAAUAUGAUGCUGCUGUUCAAUGCAGCGUACCACUUGGCUUUGGAGGGACGGCCCUUCUCUGACCUCCGUCCACUGGCAGAGCUUCUGAAGAGGUGUGAGCUCAAAGUGGUGGACCAGUACAUGAAUGAAGGGGACUGUCAGAUCCUCAUUCACCACAUCGCUCGAGCUUUGAAAGAAGACCUGGCUGAGAAGAUGCGCCUGUCCCCCUUCUUGAGUGUCAUAAUGGAUGCCCAAAAUGAUGACCUUUUCUCAGACAUGGUAGCCGUCUACGUCCAGUUCAUUACCAGUGAGGGUUCUCCAAACACAGAGUUCCUGUCCUUGCAGAGACUUAGCAUGGCCAGUGUGGACGGAUAUCUCCAGGCUAUGGAUCGUGCCUUCGGUGUCCUCGGCCUCAGGUUUCAGGACUUGCUGGUGGUCGGACUUGGGGUAGAUGGCACCAACAUCUCUUCAGGAAUGAGAGCCAACCUGUAUAUCGCUGUACAAAAGACUUUUCCUUGGAUCCUCUGUCUUCCUAUCAUGAUCCAUCGGCCCCAUCUGGAGGUGCUAGAUGCCAUCAGUGGAAAGGAGCUCUCCUGCCUUGAGGAUCUGGAAAACAACCUCAAGCAGCUCCUCAGUUUUUACCGUUACUCCCCUCGCAUGAUGGCCGAACUGCGAUCCACCGCUCCGACACUGUCAGAGGAGACUGAGUUCCUCGGAGACAUUAGAGCCAUUCGAUGGAUCAUCGGAGAACCAAACGUCCUUAACGCGCUAAUCAAAGAUUACCUGGAGGUAGUCACCCAUCUUAAAGAGAUCAGCAGCCAAACACAGAGGGCUGACGCUGCAGCCAUCGCCCUCACCCUACUCCAGUUCCUCAUGGACUAUCAGUCUGUAAAGCUCAUCUACUUCCUGCUGGACAUCAUAGCUGUUCUCUCACGAUUAGCCUUCACUUUCCAAGGGGAGUACCUGCUUGUGUCACAGGUGGAAGCCAAGAUAGAGGAGGCCAUUCUGGAGAUUGGCCAGUUGGUGGACUGUCCCGGAGAGUAUCUACAGGAGUUUGAGGAAAAUUUCCGUGAAAGUUUCAACGGUGUUGCUCUAAAGAACCUGCGUGUUGCAGAGUCCAAGUUUCAGUCCAUCCGAGAAAAGAUCUGCAACAGAAGCCAAGGCAUCCUGUCGCAAAGGCUGGACCUGCAGAGCCGUUCAUUUGCCAAAGCCUGCAAGAUCCUGGACCUGUCCACCUGGCCUCACAACCGGGAGGACCUACAAGACUAUGGGGAGGAGGAAAUCCAGAUGAUAUUCAACCAUUUGGAAUCCAUUCCUUCUGGGGGUCAGGAGGGCUCCCAGGCCAGGUCAGAGGCCAGGGGCAGCCUGGUGAUGGAGUGGAAAGACCUGAAAGCAGAUUACUACAGUAUGAAUGGUUUUAAGGAGGUCAUCAGUCACAUCUGCAGGUACAAGCAGCGUUUUCCUCUGCUGAACCGGAUUGUGCAGGUUGUGCGGGUCCAGCCAAGUUCCACAACCUGCUGCGAUAAAGGCCGAGGGUCUCUGCAGAAGAUGUGUAGGAACAAUCGCUCCCGGCUGACUCUGGAGCAGAUGAACGACCUGCUGACUGUGGCAGUUAAUGGACCGCCCAUCGCUAACUUUGAUGGGAAGCGAGCAUUGGACAGCUGGUUUGAAGAGAAGUCCGGCAGCAGUUACUCGCUAUCAGCUGAGGUGUUAAACAGGAUGUCAGCAGCUGAUCAGAAGUCUGUCCUGCACAGCGUUGACGUCAACACUGAGUUCUACCCUGACAUUUAACAGGCAAACCCAGUGUUGUGGCACUGCAAUAUAAUAAUACUACAACACUACAGUAGUACUACAAAACACAGAUAAAUUGAAUCAGUGCAAUUGUGUUGUGAGUGUUAUUGUAGACAACUGGUCUAGUUUAGCCUCUCGUCCAUGAGGCUUCUUCAGGCCUGCAAUAACCAUUAGAUACUAAGAAUCACAGACAGUAAUAGUAAUAGUUGAAAUAUCUAGUCCACAAGGAGACAUAAGGCAACUACAGAGAACUACAAAGAGAUGCAAAGCAACUACAAAGAGACAUAAGACAACCACAAGGAGACAAAAAACAACCACAAAAAGAUAUAAACAACCACACAGAGACAGAAAACAACUACAAAAAACUACAAACUACCACAAAGAGACACAAAACAACCACAGAGAUGGAAAGCAACUACAAAGAGAUAUAGGACAACCACAAAGAGAUACAAAACAACUACAAAGAGACAUAAUGCAACCACAAAGAAAUAGAAAACAACUACGGAGAUGCAAAACAACUAAAAAUAGAUACAAACAACCACAAAGAGACACAAAACA